ACUUUGCUUGACUUUUCGGAUCACGUGGACCGUGGUGAUGUUUUCGUGGAGGUUGCACAUAUUCCCCUGCAAAUAUCCGACCGUCUAUUGUUGUUGUUGCAGCGGGUCGGAGGAGAAGCCUUGCACGGUGCGUCCUUCCACGGCGUGUUCUUGGGGAGCUGUCAAGUCUGCGACUUUUGCUUUGGGGUCCAAUCGGAGGAAGGAUGAGCCUCUUGGAGCUGUGAUUUCUUUUUGGCUUUCUCCGUCCUCCACUUGACAGCUGACGAGCCAGGAGAUGGAGAACAAGGCCGUGUACUUGAGUACGCACGAGGAACAGGAGAGCGCCUAUAUGUACGAAGACGCCUACGAGGGACAUAACUUGUCCAAGCUCAACCUGUGUGAUGAAGGUUCUGGAAAGAGGCGCAGGAAACAUGAUCAAUGCUGCGGUCAGCUCAACUCUUUGGCGGCCAUCAAGUAUGCCAUCGUGUUGCUCUACGUGCUUGUGCUGCUCACCAUCUUCGGAUUGUGCCUAGCAGUAUCUCGCUCCCAGGCAUGGUCGCAGCAGCAGCAGGUGCUGAUGGAGAACGUCACCCAGAUGUCGGAACGCACCCGGCUGCUCCAGCACACGUUGGACGAGACGCCCGAUCAGGCCGACCUCUUGGAGAACAUCUGGAAGCUGGAGAAUCUCUUCCAGAAUCAUAGCGACAGGCUGCAGAAGCUAGAGAUUCUCAUCAAGGGCUUGGAGGCGGAGCUCAGAAGCAUGCACGAUCAGUCCCUGCAUUCGGAAGGCUACCUGGUGCAGCUGGAUGAACGUCUGUCGUCGUUCAGCAGCUCCGCCGGCAGGAACCUGACGGGCCUGUCGGCCGAGGUGGCUCGGACCACCACCUGGCUCCACGACCAGAACCUGAUGCUCAGGGAGACUUCAGGUGAGGUGACCGGGCUAAGAGACAAGCUGGAGGAGGUCAACUGGACGGUUGGAGCUGUCAAUCAUACCGUCAGCAAUGACAUCAAUAUUCAUCAUUUGAAAAUACACGAUCUGCAGAUUCAGAUCAGCAACAUCACGGAGGACACGUCCAGUCUAUGGGUGACCCACAUCCACACGGAGGCGCUACUCCGGAACGAAAUGGAGAUCUUGAACACCAUCGCCGAGGAUCUCCGUCUCAAGGACUGGGAGCACUCCUUGGCGCUGAAAAAUAUCAGCUUCAUAGAAGGACCAAAAGGAGAGAAGGGUGACACUGGGUCACAGGGGCACACCGGCGCCCCGGGAUUAACCGGUUUAAGAGGCUUCCCUGGAGAAAAAGGGGUCCAAGGACUUUCUGGGAGCAAAGGAGCCAGUGGCGACGAUGGCAGUCGAGGAGAUAAAGGCGACAUCGGACCGGUCGGACCGAAAGGGGAUCGAGGAGAACGAGGGAUGAAAGGAGAUAAAGGUGACAGCGGAGUAAGACUAGUUGAAGACACCCUGGUACGACUGGUGAACGGGUCGGGCCCCCACGAGGGCCGAGUGGAGGUCUUCCACGAACGGCGCUGGGGGACGGUUUGCGAUGAUGUGUGGGACAAGAAGGACGGCGACGUGGUGUGCCGGAUGCUGGGAUACCGAGGGGCCGCCGAGGUCCACAAGACGGGACGCUUCGGACAAGGCAGCGGUUUAAUCUGGAUGGACGAUGUAGCGUGCGCGGGCACCGAGGACGCCAUCCAUGAGUGCAACUUUUCCGGUUGGGGCAAAACCAAUUGCGGCCACGUGGAAGACGCUGGCGUCACGUGCCUCAGCUAAUUGAACUUUGACCCCCUCAUAGCCGAUUCACUCCUUUGGUCCUAGGCCUGGACAUGUUUUGCGGGGUCAUUAUGGUUGACAAGAUGGACAAAGAGACUUUCAAAGGAAAGAUUGAUCUCGGAAUCGCCGCUAAAGACUUCGGAUCUUCUAUCUGCACCAUCUUACUAUGAGUUCCUAGUUGGCAAAUGUUCGCUGUGUGUUUCCCAUUAGAGCUCACCGUUUUGUUUAAAAGUGGCCCAUUCUGACGAUGCGAAAGUGUCGCCAAAGCUAACACGCGGCCUCCAUUUUGUUUAUUUUCCCUGUCCCGCUUUGUCAUCCCAACACGUCUCGUCUGGCGGCCGCGGGGACGAAAACAAGAUAUCCUCUACGUGUUUUCUCAGCACAGUCGGACCAAGUUUAGCCGUUAGCGUGGGCUAACAUUCGUUUUUGCGCUACAUGACUCGAAUGCGAAGCCAAAGUUCCACUUCUGUAUGAAAUAGAAAAUACGAAGGAGCUGCUGUGGCACUGCCCAAGGUGCUCCUAAUGCACAGAGGAAGGCAAAAAAUCCCAAUUUCGGGCGGUCCGACUGAUAUUUUCCCACGGGAUUGGAUGUGGUCAUGUGAUCUCCCGUUUGAGCCGAUACUUGCGGUGAAAUGCCUUUUGAAAACGAGAAGUCCUCUUAACCAUUUAAAGGUGUCUCCACUUUAUUUUUUAUUUUUUUUAACAUUCUCAGUUGCAUGUCAUACAUGUGUUUUUUAUCACGACGCGUGUUCAACAUUUACCGAAAAGGGCUACGACGACUUAGCAACACCUAAAAUGAAUGUUGAGUAUGUACCGUGUUUCAUUUGUACUUUUACUACUAAAUGCACUGCUGACAUAUUAAAUGUGUUUAAACAGGUGA